AUGGCAAUAAUUAUUUAGUAUAAGUCAUUUAAAUAAAAAAUGACUAUUGAUAUCUCGACCAACAAAAUAUCUUGGCUUGUGGAAACAAUUAAAUAAGAAAUGAUGAAUCAUUUUGGAAAUACAUUUUAACCCAUAAUUGGAAUUAAAACUACUAAUAUUUCUAUUCCUGUUGAUUAUAUUCUAUCUAAGAUUGAAAGGCCUUUGUCUUUAUUAUCGAAUUGUCCAGUAUAACCAUUGAUUAUUGAACCAAUGAUUAAUGUAGAAUAGGAAAUGAAAUAAUCUCGAGUUAGUUUGAAGGAUUUCGAAUUUAUUCGAUGUAUAGGAGUUGGAGGAUUCUCUAAAGUUUAUUUAGUAAGAGAAAAGAAGACUGGCUAAUUUUAUGCAAUGAAAUUGAUUGAGAAAAAGCCUAUCCUGUAACAAAACAAAUAGAACAUAAUUCAAAACGAGAGAGAUAUCAUGUAUAAUUUAAAUCAUCCCUUUAUUGUUAAAAUGCAAUAUGCAUUUGAAUCUAGAAAAUACUUGGUUUUUGUAUUAGAAUAUUGUUCAGGAGGAGAAUUAUUUUAUCUCUUAAGAAAAGUUAAAAGGAUGAGUGAAGAAGAAGCCUUUUUUUAUUUUGCAGAAAUCUGUUUGGGAAUGAAGAAUUUACAUGAUAAUAAUAUUAUUUAUAGAGACAUCAAACCUGAAAACAUUUUAAUUGACUUUGAUGGGCAUGUUCGAAUAGCAGAUUUUGGUUUAUCAAAGCCUCAUAUGGAAAAUUAGGAAGUGGCAUAUUCAUUUUGUGGAUCUCCUGAGUAUAUGGCGCCUGAAAUGUUAUUAAAAUAAGGUCAUACAUUUUAAUUGGAUCUUUAUUGUCUAGGAGCCUUAUUAUAUGAAUUAAUAACUGGUUUACCACCAUUUUAUUCAAGAAAUACAGAUGAAAUCUAUUAGAAAAUCCUAAAUUAAAAAUUGAGUUUUCCACCUUAAUUAUAAAUGUCAUAACUCUUAAAAGAUUUGUUGAACAAUUUAUUAGCAAAGACUCCAAAAAAAAGAAUAGAUAAUAUUGACUCUCUUUUAAAACACCCAUGGAUGACUUAAUGGAGUGAUAAAAAUCUAUAUAAAGACUUUUUAAUGAAAAAGAUUGAUCCUCCAUUCAAACCAGAUUACUUUUCAUUCAAUUUCGAUGAGGAAGAAUUUGGGAAAGGAGAAAACGAAUUUCUUUUGCAAAUAAAACCAUUGCAAUUAAAUUUGUUAGAAAAUUUUCCAAAAGAAAUAUUCCUUAAGAAUUUUUAUUAUAAUCAAAAUGAAAACCAUUUUGUAGAAAGCACUGGUGGUACAAAUUUAAACUUGAAAUUGCAAGAGGAAAUAUUAUAGCAAGGAACAUAGAGACAGAAGUCUAAGAGACUCAAUACUUUUGAUGAUGAAAAUACAAAUUAUGUUAACGACUAAAAAGUCUUCAUAUUAAAUUAAUUAAGAUUAUAAACGGAGAAUGAAAUAAAAAGAAAAUCUGCAUUAUGA